AUGAGCGAAGUACAAUGGGAAUGCCUAGUCUUAACCUGUCACGUUCACUGGUCCUUUACUAGGCUAAAAAAUGAGUGCAAAAAGCGUUUGCGAGUGCUAGUCAGACGUGCUGAUUACCCUUCACAUCCGCUGUUACCUCCCUCUCCACGCACUUUACCUCACCCACCACUACAAAAGGCAAAAAGCACAUCAAAAAGCCCGCCUCCCACAAGACUACCUCCCACAGCUAUGAAGUCCACAAAGACUUCUCAACCCGCUGUACCAUUACCAGCUACACCAACUGCAGCCACGCCUCCAGGCACUGCAACUCCCACCUACACCACGAGUCAAGACCAUGAAGGCCGCAAGCAGCAGAUCCUCAAGAGACUGGAAAUCAUCCACAACAAGGUGGCCUCCAGAUCCAAGGUUUUCAUCGACGCCAGCCACAAGCACUACCGCAUGUGCCUUAAGAGGGAGUACAAGCCCUACGUGGACCUCGAUCCCGAAGUCAACUUGGCCAUGCUCUACAUCACCUGCGAGCGAGAGCGCCAAACGCUAGACGAGGUCAUCAAGAUGCAGCUCGAGGUGGGAAGGCGGGCACGCCUGCUUGAAGAGGCCGUGGCCGAGGAGAAAAGGCUUGACGCUGAGUUCUGGGAGCUUGUUAAUAAGAACAAGAAGGGUUGA